AUGUUUAAGACUCUUUCUUGUUGUGUUCAGUUUGAUAGUGAAGACACUGUGGUUAAUCUUCCUUUACCUGAAUGUUGGGUGGUGUCAAAACUUCACUUGCUCAUUGAGUCUGUCAGUGCAAGCUAUGACAAAUUUUACUUUGGAGAAGUGGGACGUGAAACAUAUGACUUCUUUUGGGCUGAUUUUGCUGAUUGGUACAUUGAGGCUAGUAAAGGGCGUCUUUACCACUCUGGAGUUGGAGGCAAAUCUGUUGCUUCAGUGGCACAAGCUGUCCUGUUAUAUACUUUCGAGAACAUACUCAAAGUGCUGCAUCCUUUUAUGCCAUUUGUAACCGAGGAGUUGUGGCAGCUUAGGCUUCUUAGAAUCACGGCACUUCCUAACCGGAAGCAUGCUCUUAUUGUAUCACCUUGGCCAGAGACUCAACUUCCUAGGAACAACAACUCUAUAAAAAAGUUUGAAAAUUUACAGGCUUUGGUUAGAGCUAUCAGAAAUGCUCGGGCAGAAUAUUCUGUUGAGCCUGCAAAACGUAUCUCAGCAUCUGUGGUUGCAAACAAUGAAGUAAUAGAAUACAUUGCUGAAGAAAGAGAGGUUCUAGCACUUCUCUCUCGGCUGGAUAUACAAAAUCUGCAAUUCACAAAUUCUUCUCCAGGAAAUGCAGAUCAGUCAGUUCAUCUCGUGGCUGGAGAGGGACUAGAGGCAUAUCUCCCUUUGGCCGAUAUGGUUGAUAUUUCUGCAGAAAUUGAACGGCUUUCAAAGCGUCUUUCCAAGAUGCAGAAGGAGUAUGAUGGAUUGAUAUCUAAACUCAGUUCUCCUCAAUUUGUAAAGAAGGCACCGGAAGAUGUGGUCCGCAAGGUGCAAGAAAAAGCCACAGAAGCAGAAGAGAAGAUCAAUUUAACCAAGAAACGACUUGAAUUCCUGAACUCUAACGUUCUAGUUUCACAAUAG